GCAGGAACCUUACACUCAAGCUGUUGUUUGCGACGUUUUUCAUCUUCUCAGUAUGCCUCGUAACGCAUCUACAUCCACUCGGCCCCAACGCGCUACUGCUCGCAGGAGCUUGCCCGAGGCUGCUCCGUCUCCGCGUCAAAGAAUGACAAUGAGCCAGAAGGAAACUCUAUUAGACGUCUUUCGCGUCAAUGAUUCUCCAUCUCCAGAGAAGAUGAAAGAGUUGUCUGUAGCGUUAGAUGGCUUCCCAGUGGAUAAGAUAGAACGUUGGUUCAGAACCCAGCGCCAUCUCGCGGGGAAAGAUGCUAUGAAGAACGCUUCGCAGGACGGAUUGGGCUAUGACCAUCUGGGCUUACCCAGCCGGGACGUACCAUCGUCGCCAUCUAGUUGCACUGAUAGCAUACUUGUCCUCACGCCUCCGGCCACGCAUGCCUCGCUUUCACAUGUGGACUCGUUCCCCAAAGGGCCUCCGUCUCCUUUGGCGGACGCAGAGGCAGUCGACGCGCUUCUCUACUUCCAUCAAAAUCCUGUGAUGUUUGCAAAGAUCGAUGAGGUUGCGUUUGCUUGAAUUGCUUAGGAUGUACAUAUAUUGCAUGUAGGUCUGCAGGUUCAGACAGAGUGGGUUAUGAUAUUGUCUGGAUGUAUCGGAUACGCGAGAGAAUACACAGAGUUGAUUGGA